AUGCUCCGAGGAAGGGGCACAAUUUUUUAAGAGAGAUAAAGAUUCCCUAUUAUUUUAGAGAGAGAAACUCUCUCUCCACCAAGAGUGAUUAAAUCCCGGAGUCUCGGGUGCGACUGACAAAACCUCGAAUUCCGUAGCUUCCAUGGCUUCUUCUUCUUACAGUCCCCACUUUCUCUCUCUAGGCAUCUUCUUCCUCCUCAUAACGACAACAUCAUCUGAAGAAGAAUCAGCUACCAUUAUCUCUAGAUUUCAACAAUAUCUUCAGAUAGACACGGCACACCCAAAUCCCAAUUACUCUCUCUCUACCACUUUCAUACUUUCUCUGGCCGAAUCCAUUGGCCUUCAGUAUGAAACCCUCGAAUUCGCCAAGGGAAAACCAGUAGUCAUCCUCAAAUGGCCUGGCGAAAAAACCCAACUUUCGUCAAUUCUCCUAAACUCUCACACUGAUGUUGUUCCAUCAGAGAAUCACAAAUGGGUUCACCCCCCUUUAUCAGCUCACAUUGAUUUUAAUGGAGAUAUCUAUGCGAGGGGCUCACAGGACAUGAAAUGUGUGGGUUUACAGUAUUUGGAAGCCAUUAAAAGGCUAAAGAGAAAUGGGUUCAAACCAGUUCGAACUGUAUAUCUAUCUUUUGUGCCAGAUGAAGAGAUUGGGGGAGUUGAUGGAGCUGGAGCUCUCGCUAAUUCGAAGAAUUUUGAGAAAAUGAAUGUUGCGGUUGUUCUGGAUGAGGGUUUGGCUUCACCGAAUGAGAAUUACAGGGUUUUUUAUGGCGAGAGAAGCCCAUGGUGGUUGGUUAUUAAGGCAGUUGGGAGCCCUGCUCAUGGUUCAAAGCUUUAUGAGAACAGUGCAAUGGAGAAUUUGCAGAAGAGUUUGGAGAGCGUUUGGAGGUUCAGGGCUUCACAGUUUGAUUUACUGAAGUCUGGGUUGAAGGAAGAGGGGGAGGUGAUUUCAGUGAAUCCGGUUUUUUUAAAGGCCGGCAUUCCUUCACCUACGGGUUUUAUUAUGAACCUGCAACCAUCUGAGGCUGAGGCAGGCUUUGAUAUCCGGGUCCCACCGAAUGCUGAUCCGCUUUCUCUUGAAAGGAGAAUAGCAGAAGAAUGGGCUCCUACUUCCCGUAAUAUGACAUUUCAGGUAUGUAACCCCAGAACAGAUGUACUUUCCACUUUCCGGAAAAGGUAACACAUGACUGGUUUU